CUCAAACCGAGCCGCGCCGCGGUGGUGACCGCACGACCAUCGACCGUCCAAAUGACCAUCCCGCGGUGGUCACCGCCCCAACGAUGUCAUGGCCACCGGACUCGAGCUGAUCAUCUCCACAAUAUGCAACGCCACUUUCUGUGAACCCGUUUAUGAUAAUCCGCUCUUAGAUGGUCAACUCACUAAAAAGCAAGCAGCGCUGCAAAGUCUGAUCAACGACCUAAAUGGGAAGCACCUCAAAGUUGCUACGUAUACGAACUACCCUCUAAGCUGGGUGGAGCGGUCAGAGAAUGGCACCCUCACCGGCCAGGGGGUGGCAUUCGUCAUCAUGGAUGUGCUGCGGAAGAGGUUCAACUUCACGUUCGAGGUGGUGGAGCCGGACAGGAACUUUGAGGUGGGAGGCAGCAGACCUGAGGACUCCGUCAUCGGGCUCGUCAAUAGCAGCCUAGUGGACAUGGCGGCAGCGUUCCUGCCAAUGCUGGUGAAGUUCCGGCGGAAGGUGACGUUCUCCAACUACCUGGAUGAGGGCGUGUGGUCCAUGAUGCUGCGGAGGCCUAAGGAGUCCGCCACCGGCUCCGGCCUGCUGGCGCCCUUUGAGACCAACGUCUGGUAUCUAAUUCUAGCAGCGCUAAUAUCCUACGUCCCCUGCAUCACGCUACUGACGAAGCUUCGCGCUAAGAUCGUCAGAGAUGGUGAGCAGGACAUCCCUCUGUCGCCAAGCUUCUGGUUCGUCUACGCUGCUUUCAUCAAACAAGGAACGACACUAGCGCCUGAAGCGAACACGACUCGCCUUCUGUUCGCGACGUGGUGGAUCUUCAUAAUCCUGCUGUCCUCGUUCUACACGGCCAACCUGACCGCCUUCCUGACCCUGUCCAAGUUUACGUUGGACAUCAAGAAUACCGCGGACUUGUACAAGAAGAACUAUCGCUGGGUGGCUGCUGAGGGUGGCUCCAUCGAAUACUUGGUGAAAGAUCCGGAAGAAGAUCUUUACUACCUCAGCAGGAUGGUGGCAACAGGUCGCGCUGAAUUCCGCUCCUUCACUCAAGACCGCGACUUCCUGCCCCUCGUGCUUGGAGGAGCAGUUCUAGUCAAAGAACAAACAUCAAUAGACCAUGUCAUGUACGCUGAUUACCUGAUGAAGACCAGAGAAGGAGUGGAUGAGUCUGAUAGAUGCACUUACGUUGUUGCUCCGGAGCCUUUCCUGAAGAUUCCAAGAGCAUUCGCCUUCCCGAAGAAUAGUUAUCUUCAGACGCUGUUUGAUCCUGUGAUCGUAUUUCUGCUGCAAGCUGGGAUAGUGGACUUUCUGCAGUCGCGGGACCUGCCGAGCACCAAGAUGUGUCCACUGGACCUGCAGUCCAAGGACCGCAAGCUGAGGAAUAGUGACCUGCAGAUGACCUACGUCAUCAUGGGCAUCGGAUUGGCUACAGCAGGAGCGGUGUUUAUUACUGAGGUGGUCCUUCGUCGCUACAUCAACAGGGCCCAUAACAAAACGGAUACAGUUCCUAAAACAACGAAACGCAAGAAAAGCAAGAAGAUCCGCUUCAAAGACCGAGACGACAGUCGCCCGCCUCCAUACGACUCGCUGUUUGGCCUCAACGCCCGAUACAAGAACAGAGAAAACGCUAAGAAAAAGAUAAUAAAUGGCAGGGAAUAUUACGUGGUGGACACCAUCAGUGGAGAUACUAGGCUGAUACCGGUUAGAACUCCAUCAGCUUUUCUGUAUCAAUGAUUCAGAUACAGCGAGAAACCUUCGAGGAAACACAUUUGGUGUAUUGAUUUCUUGAACUACAUUGGCCUGUAAAACUAAGGGUGGAUAACCGAAUCUCAGCUGAGACUGCCCUCAAGAUCAUGCUCAAGUCGCAGUUUUUAUGAGAACUGUCACAUUGACAUGACCUUGAGGGUAGUCUCACUCAACAGAUGUAAAUCAUCCGUCUCUUUCCUUUUCGGCGAAUAAGAAAAUGACGGUAUAACCUAAAAUAAAAUUAGGUGUCUGCAGGAAUCGGGGCCCUUGUGUACUUAAAAAGUUAUUAUAAUUUUAAAAGUGUGAUACUAAAUGUAUUGUGAUGUGAUGAAUUAGAGGUUUGUUUCAAAGUAAACUAUUUUCGUAUUUAUAUUGAGUAUAAAAAUCACAUGACAUGUGUACUAUCUACUCGUAAUUGAUAUAAUAAAUAUAAAGUCAUCACUAAUUUAAGAGCCACGCUCUUGUCGGUGCAGCAUUCUCCAUGCUACUUUUUAGGGAAAAAUAGUCGUGGUUUCCCUCUUGCCUUCCGCCCCGCAGUACUCUGUCUGACGCGAGUGGGAUGGCGCUCAGAAUAGUUUAUUUCAAAGCCGUAUUUAGGACUCCUAUCCUCCGCCUCUGAAUAGUACUGACUUAACAGUAAGCUGUAACUGCUGCCUUCUUUCAGGUGUAAAUAUAAACUGCAAAAAAAGUACUUAACAAUAUAUUUUUAAACGAAGAAUACCUCUGUACUCUGUGUAUUUAGACAUUAGUAACAUCAAGUAGUUGUGUUUUUAGAUAUAGUGUAGUGGUUCUCAAUUAAGGGUGCGGGUAAUCCUAGAAACCACGUAAUUAUCUAUGGCCCAAUUAUGAAUUUAAACUCAUAAAUUCGAAUAACCUAACCCAACCCGAGCUCGGACCCAAGACACUACGAUUGUCCCGCGCUCUGGCUUAUGAAUAAGUGUUAUUAUAGCUUGAAUAUUUUAAAUAAAAAGAAAUUUAGGGUUAGGAAGGUGGUGGAGCGACCGAUGUUAUAAAAACAGGAGCGAGCAGACGCGGUCUCACUCUGUUAACAUGGGCCAAUUAUUUUUCAAUAGCAACACCUUCUUUUCAAUGUACCAUUAUUUUAUUACUUUUUUUAAAUAUUUCUAUGCCUGCAUGCAGGCCGAAAGUAUCACAGCACUGUUUUGUUAAUUAUUUUACCACCCUUUUGUAUUUCUGUGUUCUCGCAAAUAAAUUGAUUUGAUUCUCCGAGAAUUUGAAUGGUAUACGGGAAAAUCUUGUAAGGAUGGGAACCACUACUUUAGUAGAUAAUAGAUACCUAAUUUGUAAACUCACUCGGUUUUCUAAGCACUUAGUUAUAAUAAACACUAUAAUGGAGCAGAACAAUUAUGUAAAAGGUUGAUUUAGAAAUAAAAUAUAUUUAUUUAA